CCACAGCAGACAACGCAUCGCACACACCUAUGCAUACGUCCUGCCGCUAUCCAGGUUUCCGACUGCCACCACCACCGUGAACCAGCAGCAGCAGCAGCGAGCAUAGAGCUGGGCGCCCUCGUGAGAACUUCGAGAGCUACCAGGCAUCAUGUGGAAGCCGGCCGAAGUCCUUCCACAGCACAAGCGCCGGGCAGUCACGCUAUUUAUAACAUUGAUUGUGGCGAUCUUGGCAUAUUCGGGGCUCCUCGUUUACAAUGCGGUGAAGAAGAGUAAAAAUCCGAGUACAUCGUUCGUGCUAUCGAACAACGUUUACAGAUACCCAGACACCUACGUGUGUUUGUACAACUAUUUCGGUUGCGACGACAUGGACUUGGAGGAGUUCUGUGCGUCUUCCGUCUUCGACACGGAAGGGGGCAGCAGCACGGCGGUGUUCAACCCCGGCGGGGACCUGGAGCAAGAAAUUGCCACCACUGCAUACUUGACAGAUGAAAGGGGCUGGUGCGUUUCCUUCGAGACUUCCGCUGUGGACAUCGUAGACGGCGAGCGAGACCCGGAGGACUAUAUCCUCCUAAACAUGUACUGGUAUCCGGGCGGGACCGCGAACGCUUCGACGACGUGCAUUUAUGAGGAGGGCGAGUGGGAAUCUCACAGCGAGAGUGUGUUCGUCUUUUUGCGAGACUCGGACACGGGCAUCCUGUCGGCUGGGAUCCAAGUCGCCUACAGCUGCAUGACCAGCGAGUCCAGCAGCCACGUCUUCACCUACAUGGGGAUAGGACUUACCAAGGAGGAUAAGCUUUACGAAGAUGACAUCGCCUCGUACAAGGCUCUGGAGACGUCGUCAGCUACCUACAAAGACAAGAGGACCAACAACAUUACCGGAAUUACAAGCCCUUACGCGUGGUUGUCUAUGGAGAUAGCGCAGACCACAGACUCUCUGGAGGAGAUUACGGAGAUUAACCCUCUCGAGAUCGCCGAGUUGUUCGGCAACGUUGGUGGCUUUUGGGACUUGCUACUCAUGUUGUGGCCAAUAUUUUUCAUCUCCGCAUCGCGCCAAGACCCACACCUCAAAGUCCGAAACUUCAAGAAAUCCGUCACCAGGGGGUCCGGGGUUGUGGUCGACUUGUCAAGGCGAGUCAACAACGCUAGCAUAGAAAUCCUGCAUCCUGUGAGGAGAAAGCCCGGCAGCAAGCAAAGCAACGCUACUGGCGAGGAUGGGGAGCCCUCACCUGCCUGGGGAACGGGGGAGACGCUGCCAGCAUACGCACUGCAGGACCGCGAAAUUGUCCCGCCCUCUUCGCACCGGAGGGAUGGGUCUCCUCCAGCCACCGCCGUACCACCGCCCGAGUCAUUGGCAAGGUCGAUCAGCCUCGGCGCGAGCACAAGCAUGACUCCAAGCGCUUGUUUGGGCCGAUCAGAGACGCGCCUGCUAAAGGAUAGUCCCAGGCGUGCAUCGCCGGGCUCGUUGUCGUCCGCAGCAACGGUACCGGGGGUUGGCGUCUUCGGCUGGAGCGGCGGCGGCCGUGGGGGCGGCAGCGGUGGUCGAAAAUUGGGCAGGGAUGUAGGCAGUGCUCCGUUGACUCGCUAGUGUGAUCGAUUUGGGCGAACGUCUAAUGCUUCCAUUCAUUGCAAUUCUGCGACCUCAGCACGGCUCCGUUGUGAAGGUGGAUUGAUUGUAGGUAUCUCCUCGCGCGGUGACGUUGGUGGAGAGCAGUACAAGGGCCAGCCUGCUCGAAGUAGCGCAUCCGUUCUUUGUAGCAAGGCUUAUAGCCUUUUGUUUGUGGUACUUGGAUAUGAGUCCGAGCCGUGCAUCCUCUGUGGGGGACACGCGUAUGGGAAGUAUGGGUGUAAUGGAUAUGUAUGCGGUUGGGGUCCAAGUGCGGCCUCCCCGCGUCAGCAAACGGCGGUGUGCUCCCAGCACUUGCCUGAGGGGCUUGCGUGACGGAUAUAUAUAAUACAUGGUCCUUUUUCAUCUGCUGUUCCUGGGAUAACAUAUUGCCCAGUCUCAACACCACAGACAGCUGAGGGCGGUAGUGCACACUGACACGAUAUCGUGUUUGGAGCUUAGCUAGGCCAGGUGUUGGUUCGGCGAUGACGGAAAGAGGAAGAGAGUUGUUAGAAGAACGAGCGAGGAAUGCCGAGAGAGCAGCCGAGGAAGCGGCAGCCAAGAUGACGGAAAUGCAGAGGAGAAUAGAGGAGGCAGAGGAGAGGAGUUCAGCGGAGAAAGCCGCGAGAAGGAGAGUGGGUGAUGCCGGGUAUGCGGCAGGUAACAUGAGGAUAAGCGGCGCUGGCUAUGCGCCUGGGUACCAUAGCAGGGAUGGAGCUGCCGGAGGGGCGGCUACUUUUGGAGCCGGGAGGACGGCUACUUUUUUCGAUGAUCAGGAGCAGCAGCAGCAUUACCGCGAUUACGUGCGGAAGGACCGGAAGCCACCGGUGUACGACGGCAAUUCCCACUGUUCAAGUCGCUGUUCGAGCUCUUCCUCGCCCGCGAAGAUCUAUCACACACACUCGCCAAGCCGGCGAGUCCAGACCAACGCAUCUGGAUCCUCAACGGGCUGCCAAGGAGCGAAAACGUCCGCUUGCACGGUGGCGUCGCGUGCGCGACCAUGAGUAUGCGUUUGAGUACUUGAUGCGCGCCACGAAGGGGGCAA